AUGACUGAAAAUCACGAGCCAUUUAUUGCUGUUUGGCUUGAUUCUAAUAAUGCCAUUCCAUGUCAUGAAUCUUUUCACCGAAAGCCUCAAUUAAGUUCAAUAAUCAAUAUUAACAUAAAAUUCAGCGAUUCCGAUGAAUGUUUAGAUUAUAUGAAAACUAUUCAAACAGAAAAUAUUUUUUUUAUUACAUCAGGUUCACUUGGAGAAAAUAUUGUGCCAAUUAUUUAUCAUCUUCCACAAUUAUUAUAUAUUUAUAUAUAUUGUUCAAACAAAGUUAAACAUGAAGAAUGGGCUAAUAAUGAAAAUUAUGCAGCAAAAAUUCGUGGUGUAUUCAUUGAUAUUGAUUUACUUUUGGCUAAAAUAAAUGAUGAUGUUAAAUUAGAAUUAAAAAAUAUGUUACCUUUGAAUAUAUUUCAAAAAUAUGACGAUUUCAAAUUAAAAGAAAUGACUAUAAAAGAUUUAAGUAGUCAAAGUGCACAAUUCAUGUGGUUUCAAUUAUUAAUUAAUACUUUAAUUCAAGGGGUCUAUACUCAAGAUGCGAAAGAUGAUAUGUUCCAUGAGUGUGUGCAACAAUACGAUAAGAAUGAAAUUGAACUUCAAACAAUCAUAGACUUUUAUAAUAACUAUACACUUGAACAAGCUAUAUCAUGGUAUACUAGAAAUUGUUUUCUAUAUCGUUUGCUUAACAAAGCAUUUCGAAUACAAAAUAUUGAUUUCAUUUAUAAAUUUCGAUUUUUCAUCAAAGAUUUAUACGAUCAAAUAAAAGAUAUUUGGUUAAAUCAAAACAAAAAUUCUUCUUUUAUCAAAGUUUAUCGUGGACAAUUUAUGCGACAUGAUGAGUUAGAGAAGCUAAAAGAAUAUAUUGGCCAAUUAAUUUCUAUCAAUGCGUUUUUUUCUACAACAUUAUUGAGUUCAGUUGCCAUAGACUUUACUGGUAAUGGUUCACAACGACCAGACUAUGAAUCUGUAUUUUUUGAGAUAAAUGUCGAUUGUACUUCAACAAGCAAGUCAUUUGCUAAUAUACAGAAUCAUAGUUUUAUCAAAGAUGAAAAUGAAAUAUUAUUUUGUGUUGGAACAGUAUUUCGAAUUAUAUCUGUUGAAGAUUAUGAUAAUGUGUGGCAUGUGAUUUUACAAACGAGUAAUGAUGAAAAUAUUGAAUUGAAAGAACUUCUUGAACAUUUUAGUAAAACUGUUGUGGAAGAAAAACCUACCUUAUUUGCUUUGGCAGAUUUGUUACUAGAGAUGGGUGAAUAUGAUAAAGCGCAACAUUUUGCUCAGUUGUUUAUCAAUGAAUUAGAAUCAGCUGGUCAGCAACAAUAUAUCAGCACCGUUCAAAGUACUAUUGGCUUACUCGAUUGCCACAAAGGAAAUUAUCAGAAAGCAUUGAAAAUUUUUGAAACAGCAUUGAUAAUGGCAUUGCAGGAGGACAGAAGUGAAUUAUUACUAGAUGAUCUAAAUGCAAGUCAACAUAAUCUUGGUAUAAUAUAUAAUAACAUUGCAAUUAUCUAUUCUCAUAUAGAGAAAUAUAGUGAAGCAAUGACUUUUUUAAACAAAGCAAUUAAUCUAAUUGAUAACAAUCACAUUCAUAUCGCCACCAUAUGGUGUAAUAUUGCAAUGGUAUAUUGUCGCACAUGUGAAUACCAAGCAGCUCUUGCUUACUGUGAAAAAUCAAUGACACUAGAACAUAGGGAGUUACCAAGAAAACAUCCAAUAUUAGCAAGCACUCAUAUUAUAAUGGGUAUGAUUCAUCAUGAAAUGGGACAUUAUGAUGAUGCAUUAAAAUGCUAUGAAAAAGCCUCUGAGAUUCAUCGAAAUGCUCUGGCGUCUGAUCAUCCAUUUGAAGCUAUUGCGCAAGCAAAUAUUGGAAUGAUUUACAUUGAUAAGGGUGAUUUUCAAUCAGCCAUAGAAAUAACCAAUAGAGCGCUAACAGCAUUUGCAAAACUUGAAAAUCAUCCAACUUUGGCAGUUAUGUACAGUAAUCUAGGUCUCGCUUAUUUGCGUUGCAAUAAUUAUUCAAUGGCUGAAGAAAAUUUUGAAAAGGCACUACAAAUAGAACUCGUUUCAUUACCUGAAGAUCAUUUAAGUAUUGCAGCAUCUUAUAACAAUCUUGGAGCUGUCUAUUUUGACGAAGAUAACUAUAAUAUGGCAUUAGAAAAUUAUAAUAAAGCUCUCGAAAUACAACUUCGAUGUUUCCCAACAAAACUCAAUCAUGAUAUUGCAUUAUCGUAUAAUAAUAUUGGUUCUGCAUAUUUUCGACUUGAACAGUAUUCAUUAGCUUUGGAAGACUUUGAAAGAGCUUUGACAAUCAUGAAGAAAUGCUUGCCAGUAGAUCAUUUCGAUUUUUCCCUGAUAUAUAAUAAUAUGGGUUUAAUUUACGCUGCUAAUGAAGAGCAUAUGAAAGCACUGGAUAAUUAUAACAAAGCGCUGGAUAUAAUAAAGGUAGAAGAUCAUCCAUUUAUGGCGAGGACGUACUUAAAUAUCGGAGACAUCCAUCGAAUGACAGAUCACAAUGACCUUGCACUAGAAGCCUACAAAAAGUCUCUGGAAAUUCAAUUUAAAUGCUCAACACAAAACAGUCAAGAUCUGUUGAGAACGUACAAUGUUCUGACUGUUGUUUAUAAUGAUCUAACUGACAAGGAAAUGUCUUUAAAAUAUUAUAAAAAAUUUCUUGAGUAUCUUUUAAUUGAAAGACCAUUGGAUUUCGACGAGCAUUUGACGGCAUACAAAAAUAUUGCUGAUUUACUAUUUAUAACUCAUGAUCUAACAGCAGCAAUUAAACAUUAUAAAAAGGCAAUGGAAGCAUCACAGAAAACAUGCUCUCCGUGUCCAGAAACGAUAAAGAAUAUACAGGAUAUGAUUGAUUUGUUGAUAUUGACUGUACCCAUUUCUCAUUCUACCGAAGAACCAGAUACUGCAAACGAUUAGAAAAGAUUUAUUACUUUGUAAUCAUGUUCGUACCAUAGAUAGGACCGAUGAGAACAAUGAACGGCUGAUAUAAUACAAGAUUGGUGAGGGCGUGGGUGUGGUUGUGUGGGUGUGGGUGUGGGGUGGGGGUGUGGUUGUAGGGGGAAUGGGGAGAGGGAGUGGGAGCGAGUCAAGGGGGGGGU